AUGUCACGCCUCCUAAACCUGGCAUUGUUGGUGGCUGGUCUCUGCCUUGUUGUCUUGUGUCACUCACACAGCAUACUUAUCCAGGAGAACCAGCCCCCUGACCAGACCCAUGAGGAUGACUUCAGACUAGCCUACAGCAAUGACAACUUUGCCUUCAAUCUCUAUAGAGUGUUGACUUUGAAGAAGCCUAACAGCAACAUCUACUUCUCACCUCUAAGCGUCUGUACUUCUUUGGCUGUGUUGCUCCUCGGGGCCCAUGGCAACACCGAAGAAGAAAUUAACAAAGCCCUUAACAACAAGCUCACAGAGACCUCUGAGGCUGAAUUCCAUCAAGGCUUCCACAUUUUUCUGAACACUCCCAAACAGGCCAGUGAUCACUUGUAUCUGAGCAUGGGCAAUGCCAUGUUUGUGCAGGAGGGAAUGAAAUUGCUGAGGAAGUUCAAAAAGGAUGUGCAGAAGUUGUACAGGGCUGAGAUUUUCCAGCUCAACUUCCAGAAUGUCAGUUCUGCUGAAAAGCUCAUCAAUGACUACAUGAAUCAGAGAACCCAAGGGGAAAUUUUGAACUUGAUCAGUAGUCUUGAACCUGACACUGUCAUGGUCCUAGUGAAUUACAUGAUCUUUAAAGGCAAAUGGCAGAGACCCUUUGACCCUCAAGACACAUACAACUCUUCGUUCCAUAUAACUAAGGAAAAGUCUGUGGUGGUGCCCAUGAUGAAAAUUGAGAGCCAGUUCAUACCUUAUUUCCGGGAUGAGAAGCUCUCCUUCACCAUAGUGGAACUGAAAUACACAAAUAACGCCAGUAUCCUCUUCAUCCUCCCUGAUGAAGGCAAAAUGGAUGAAGUGGAGGCCAUGUUGUCCCCCAAGACACUGAAAAGGUGGAGAAAGUUACUGAAGAACAAUAUGAUAGAUGAGCUCCAUCUGCCCAGGUUUUCUAUAUCCAGCACAUAUAAUCUGGAAGAAGUCCUCCCCGAGUUGGGCAUAAGGGAAGUCUUCACCUACCACGCUGACCUGUCAGGAAUCACAGGAGCUAAAAAUAUGAUGGUUUCCCAGAUGGUGCACAAGGCUGUGAUUAAUGUUGCUGAGGAGGGCACAGAGGGAGCUACUGCCCAAGGAGAGAAGCUUAACUCUUUCUCUGCAAAAAUAGGCCAACCAAAUGCCUUGAUUUUCAACAGACCUUUUCUGUUGACCCUCUUGAGAGGUGAUGGGAGCAUCUACUUUGAAGGUAAACUCGUCAACCCUCAGAAAGCCCAGAGCAUCCUUCAGAGUGAUGGAGCCCCACCCAGCCAAGAAUGA